AUGAAGGCGGCGAUGAGCUACAAUCCCAAAGCCCUAGAUUCGACGGCGGAGAUGGUCCACAGAGCCGGGGUUGACCUACUUCGGAAUUGCGAUCUGCCGCCGCCGCAGAAGGUACUGAGGAGUGGGAUGGAGGAGAAAUUGGAGCUGUUGAAGGCUCUGAGACUGUCGCAGACGAGGGCGAGAGAAGCGGAGAGAAAGGCGGCGAAAUUGAUGGAGGAAAAGGAUUGUAUUAGUAGGGCUUUUGAAGAUGAGGCGAGGUUGAUGUUCUGUUAUCGACAAUCGGUCAAAUUGCUGGAUCUUAGGGUUUCGAAGUUGCAGAAAGAAGAGGAAGAAGAGGAAGAAGAAGAAGAAAGGGAUAACAAUGGUGGUAGUGAAGGAAUGAAAUGGGUUUGGGCUUUGGCUAUUUGUUUGAGUGUUGUUGGUGUUGGCGUUCUUUUGAGCUAUACAUGUAAUGCUUCAUGA